GACUGAACAGAAUCCAGCCUCUCUCCAUUGCCGUUGCUGGCUGUGCCGUCCCUUUACGCGGAGAGCAUUACGCAUCAGUGGACUAUAGAGCAAGGAUCCCGCACCUAAAAAGUAUUUUAGGAAACCCGUGUCACUCAUCCUUUUCCGGACUGCUUUGGACCUAAAGGCAUUCAGCGUUUUCUGAGAAGUCUGGACAACUACUUCUUCCCCCGUUUUUUUUUUACCCUUGGAUCUAUAGCUCCCGAAAAGCGCGCCCCUGUGCUUUAAAAUGCAAGUCGGACGCAAAUCGUGUUGGAGGCAAUUGCAGGCUUCUUUUUUCAGACUGCUAUGUCUUAUCCCCACAGGAUUCCCCGUCCGGAGCGUGGAUAUGCAGCGGGCCACCGACAACAUCACCAUCCGCCAGGGCGACACAGCGAUUAUAAGGUGUUAUGUUGAUGACAAAGUGUCUAAGGUGGCCUGGCUCAAUCGAUCCAACAUCAUCUUUGCUGGCCAGGACAAGUGGUCCUUGGACCCCAGAGUAGAUCUGGUCACUAAAGGACAGCUGGAGUACAGCCUGCGCAUACAAAAGGUCGACGUGUAUGACGAGGGGUCGUACACCUGUUCCAUUCAGACUAAGCAGCAGCCCAAGACCUCACAGGUCUACCUCAUUGUACAAGUACCAGCCAACAUCUACAAGGUGUCAGAAGACAUCACAGUGAAUGAGGGCAGUAAUGUGACACUCAGUUGUUUGGCCACUGGCAGGCCGGACCCUGCAAUCACCUGGCGACUGCUCAACCCCUCAGCAGAGCCGUUGGAUGGAGAAGAGUACCUAGACAUUAUAGGUAUCAUGCGAAACCAAGCGGGUCGUUAUGAAUGCAAGGCCAGCAACGACGUCGCCACGCCUGAUGUCAAAUAUGUCAACGUGGUUGUCAACUAUCCUCCAACAAUAAAGAAAACCCAGAGCUCAGAGACUCAAGUGGGCCGCAUGGGGACAUUGCAGUGUGAUGCCACCGCUGUGCCCACACCUGAGUUUGAAUGGUACAGAGAUGAAAAAAGGCUGUCCAAUGCCCAGGGCAUCAAUAUCCAAAUUCUUGGCACUACCACUAUUCUCAUGAUUGCCAAUGUCACCGAAGAGGAUUAUGGGAACUAUACCUGUGUGGCCUCGAACCGACUGGGUGUCCAGAAUGCCAGUCUUUUCCUCUAUAGACCCGGGACAGGUCGAGAUAUCAACGGCUCCGCCUGUGUAUCUCAAUCACUGUGGCUCCUGCUGGCCUGCUUCGCCUGCCUUUUCUUCAAGUGUUAAUACCGCUGUCUUCCUCUUCCUUCUCCUCCCUACCGGCGCUCCCUCCUUCUCCUCCUCCUCCUCCUCCUCCUUCUCUCCAGCUCACCGACAUCCUUAUUGCUACCUUGUUACCAACUUUACUGCCCCCACCCCAGACUGUUUGCAUCAUGAUACGAAAACCUUAUGUGCUCUCGAGCACUGCUUACAGAUAUUACGAAAAAGCGAUGGGUUAUGAGUAAAAUGAAAAACAUAAAACAGUGAAAUGAAGGACAAAACAAGCAAACAGUGCUCUUUUAAAGAAUUGCAUUGUUCUUAUAAAUUCGUAUGCACUUCUUUGUUUCUGCUAUAUCUUGUCUUCAGGGUCUGGAUCUGGUUUGGGAUUUGUUGUAUUUUUGUCCUCAUGAGAAUGAAAGCAGAGGCUCCCCGCUCACAGGGAUGCCAACAAUCAUUCGUAUCUAGAAGUACAGAGGACAUAAGGUGUAUUACUUCGUACUCCAAUAGAUGCAUUAUGUUAACUUCAAUUGUAGAUUUAACCAAGUGUUUAACCAGUGCAUUAAUGAGCAACAUGCAAAGUAUCUGCCAAAUAUCCAUAUGUAGAUUUGAAACUAACACACAAAGAAAUCAAAGGGAAAAUACUGCAGCUGAUUCUGUAAUAAGAUUAGAGCUUGAUAUUAAAGUCUGUAAUGCCAUAAUCUGAUGCUACUACUCUGAAACAAAGAUACAGAGCAUUAGCCGGAAAUCUCUCCAGUCAUUGACAUUGUUUCUAGAUGCAGCAGUCACUUGGGUUGUUGCCGUCCAGCCCAGAAAUCGGGGAUGCAGUGAAUAAAAUCGACAUGUUCCUGCUGAGCUAAACCAUGCGGAGUGCAAACCUGAAGAAAUUAGUUUAUCUGGGGUAUGGAUAUCUACAUCUUCAUUCAGUGGCUUUGCAACCACUCGCCUUUAUUCCAAAAUAAUUCUUCUUUUCUUUUGCAGCAGUAAAAGAAACACAGUAGGUUGUAAUGAUGCGUACUGUACAUAGUAAAAUUUUGUAUUUCUCUAUGAUAAGACAACUUGUCGUGCCACUGUAACAACAGGAAACAGAGAAAAUUGUUGCAGUGUAUGUUGCUUGUUUGACAACCAACCAACCAUACAGUGCAGUUUGUCUCUGCUCCACAGCAGGCUGCGCCGCAUUUAGCUACAUAUACUGUACCACAUACAGUGUUUGCUUUUAGUUAAUAAGUUUUAGGAUCAUUCUUCUAUACUGCUGGAAUUUGGAUAAAAAUGUAUGACACCAAUGAAUGACUUACUUUUUAGUUUCUCUCUUUCAAAGAAGUAUGUGUGUUUUAAUAUGAAAUGAUACAGAAGAAUUCAUAAUAUAUUGAUAUUGAGGGGGUUUUUUUCUGUCUUUACCUCAUUCAUUUUAGUUGUGUGUAUAUAUAUACUUGAAUCCAAUGUCCUUAUACUUUAUAGAAAGGCAAAUUCCGUGUGUCCAUAUGUCUGAAUGGGGUAGCAAUUUGUUGAGAAUGACGUCGUAGCAACCCUGCUCUAUCAUGUGAACCGAAGCCCAUUAGAUAACAAUGUUUUUAAAAAAAGGUCUAGCAAAAAAAAGAAGAUAGUUUUGUGCAGUUAUUAUUGUACCUAUCUUUGAGAGUACUGACUUACAUGAUGUUAUAGAGAAUGGAAUAUUAUAUUUAGACUGUAAUGCUCUUCUGUACACCUGGAAUUCAAAGAGAGCAGCAAACAAAUGAAUACUGAAUGUUUAUUGCCGCUAAAGACCAUCAAGGCCACUGUGCUGAUGGGCCUUUUCAACAAAAUGAUACCUUUAUGAUACUAAAGCAAAUUUUCUCAUCACACCUCACCAAAAGAUUACUGAAUUUAUUUCCUUAUGAACAAAGUGGUUAAAUGAAUACUACAUGUCAAUAUUUAGUAAAACACACAAGAAGAAGAUCUUUCAAACAGUGCAAAUCUUUCAGGAAACAGCUCAGAGAUGAACUGCUGAAAUCGGUGCACUAUUAGCUGCCUUUUUUUGCCAUUUAUUUUGACCUACUGUAAGGUGACUAAUCGCGUAUGGACUCCAGCUCAGCUCCUCGACUGGAUGUGUGUUCACGUCUCUGCUCUUCUAACAACCAAGCUGAGAUAGUACUAGUACUGUAAAACACACAGUGUAAUUAAUGUCAUCCUUGUCAUGCAUUAAAGAAAUUGUUCCCAGUGUUUUCAUCGUAAAUGCUUCUGAGGCCGUGGCUGUGUGACUUUGUAGUGUUGGUGAUGCCAUCUGAUCCAGUCUAAUUUUCACGUGGUACAGCUGUGUAGAGAAUGAGUUUUAAAGCUGAAGCAUCUAAACAGUUAAAACAACAUUUGUCUUGUCUCUAUCAGUCACAACAUAAACAAUAUCUUACAGUCAGAGUUCUCAGUCUAGGAAGUGAUAAGAAAGCUGCUCGUAUUUAUGCUUUCAUCAUCUUAACCGGCUUUUUAAAAUUUAUUUCCUACGACUCUGGUGGAUCCACUUUAUCGUGGAUGAACUUGACUCCUGGUGUUUUUCUACUGCACUGGUAUUUCUGUAGACUCUUUUACCGCUUUUUAGCCUCUGGCUUGCCCAUACUUGAGGAUGCUUGUUUAUCAGCAACAGUUAUCUUCUUACUGUCGUAAGUGAAUGAUCUGGAAGCUGUGGUGGAAUAGCUCUUCAUGAUCGGUUUGCAUGAGAGUGAUCUGUGCUACAUGUCUAUUUCAGUAAGUCCGUCUGUCUCGCAUAAAAGAAAACCUCAGGGCAGAGCAAAGCUGGCCUUGGGUAGACUCUCAAACUAACUAAAAUGUGUUUAAAAUUUAAAAUGUGUGUUUUUCUUUUCUUUUCUUUUUGCUGGAGGAGACCCUGACAGACCAGAACAAGGUCAAAUACCUCCAAAUUUUAACCUGCUUGGAAUGCAUGAUUCACUGCAUCCAGGCAAACAGCGUGAGGGAUCUUAUUUUAAAGGAUGCUACAAUAAAUUGCCUGUCAUUGUCUAAACUUUGUAACGUUUGGGUGAUUUUCACAUAAACCUCACCAAUGUGGAUGUCCAAGUGUGUCCAUGCAGGUUAAAACCAGCCAAUAAGCACUGAGUGAUACUAAGACCACUUACGUAAAAGCCAUCAAGCUCUGUCUUAACCUUGAAGCAGAAAGGAAUAAAGAAUGCUGUCCUUCCAUUGCUCAUACUGUAGAGACCAAGAGCCAGCCUAAGGACAGAGCACCAACCCCCUGUAGACAGACCUGGAUAUCUACUGAAGACUGUAGACACAGUUAUCUAGUUUACGAUUGAUCAUUGCCUAAAAACAUCUCCAUCGCUUCACUGUUGGCUUUUGUAUGUGCGCGUGUGUACUCUGAUGAUUCUGAUUCUGUUCAUUAUUAUUAACCUGAGAAGUUAACGUGAGGCAUGAGAUACAUGAGGAGUUGGCCAAACAGCUAACUUUCUACUUUCUGUUGAUGGGUGGUAACCCUCUAUUUAGAGAUUCUUUUUUUCUCUCACUCUCUUUUCCUCCUCUGUGUGUAUAUAAAGUAUGAUGUUUCUACAGUAGAAUGUUGUAAAGUCAGCAAAUCCAUAAGAUCGUGUUUAUACAAUUCAACGUUUAAAACUUAAAAACAAGCAAAUGUAACUAUCAAGUUUGUAUGUCCCUGGAAGGGGAAUUAAGAUUCAAUCAUGGAUUAUGACACAGCAAUGUCCCGUUUUUUUUUUUUUUUUUUACUUUACUUUAUUAUGGCAUAAGGUGAUUGCAGUCAGUUUCUAAAAAAAAGAUAUGUAAUAAAGGUAUAUGAGAAAAUGUUCAUAACACAAAAUAAAGUUGUUUGAAUUCAAUGUUCCGUAUUUGAAUGUGACUUGAGAUGUCGGGGAGCUUAACCUUUUUUUUGGGAGAUAGCUUGGAACACACGGAAUCUCACUGGUACUGUUGUGUUUAUCACCAUGUAAC